CUGGUCCAGAAAAUAUUUUUGAAUCAUCAGAAAUAAUCAAGAAAAUACACCCAUUACACAGGGAGAGGAAUAGUUCAAAGACAGUUGCAGACUGCACAGCAAGUAAARGAACAGAUUGGUCCUGCACCCAGGACUACCACACUGAAGCAGUGGAGUGGGAAGCAGCAGGUGAUGGAGAAGUACUUCACUCCUGUGCAGCUUAAGCAGGGGACCAGGGGCCACAGGCAUGGCAAGCCCCACCUCCAUGAGCAUCAGGAGAGGGACCCCAAGCAUGGCAAGAUGGCUGACCAAAAAACGUAUCACCACAAACACCAUCCCCGCCACCACCACAACCAUGAUCAUCAUCACCAUCCUCAUCCUCACCAGCAAAAGACAGAUUGGUCAGAAGAUCAGAAUGAUCAUGGUAGCAACCAUUCAACAUCAGAGRGCAGCAUUGUCCACCACCAUCACCAUGGCCACAACAAUCACCCUCACCACCACAAUGAGAAAUCUCAUCCCUCUUCCCCUGACCAUCCUCAUCAUCACCAUCACUGUCUGCAUCACCAUGCUACAGAUGUGACCUCCCACCCUCAGGUUGCAGCCACCUCAUCCAGCUCCUCCUCUGGUUCCUCAUCAUCAUCUUCAUCMUCUUCCUCCUCUUCCUCAGCAUCAUCCUCUUCCUCCUCGUCAUCCUCUGGCACUUCCUCCACCUGGUCCUCUCAGACUAGUAUUAAUGAGUCCGUGAAGGAUAACAAACAUCCACUGCAGAAGCCCAAGUACUCACAGUCCUGCACUGACAUCUACAGGGGGAGGAAGGCCUAUGACGAGGAGGAAGAUGAGGAAGAUGACACAUCUCCUUUGAUAGAUGAUGAAGGCCACCUCCCAAGACAGGAAAAGAGCCUGAAAGAAAAAAAGAAAAAGAAAGCAAUGUCCUCUCAUCAGACCCCUGCCAAUGUCAUCCUGAAGAAGCAGGAGAGUUCUGAAGGGGCAGGAAUGGCUGGCAAAUUUCGCAAGGCAAAGUCAAUGGAGGCACUGUCCCAUUGUAAGGACAGAGAUGGAGAUGCAGAUACCAUUGUAGACAAGGACUUGGAGAAAAGAGAGCAGGUAGCUAAGAAGAACUUAGUGCAGGAAAAAUUGAAGUUCUCUGCCUUUUUGAACGAGAUCACCAGGCAGGUGUUCAGCCCGUACAGACUCACCUCUCUUGGGGUCACAGCUGCGCACAGGCCCAGCAGCCCCGGACAAGCCUCCCUGAGGUCCCCCAAGAUAGAACACAGAGGGGAGGAGAGGCAAAGACAAAAGAGUAGUCGGCCUGGCAGUGCAAGCUCUACAACCUUCAGUGUMCACUCCCAUAUCCGCAGGCAGUUCCGCUCCAGCAAGCACUCUCGCUCCCAUCUCGGCAAACACCAGGACCACCAACACCAUCAGCCUGCAAGAGACAUACACCACAGUCCCAGCAGCCACACCGAUGACAGCACUAGCCCAGAUAAUAGCCUCUCCUCAUCAAGACAUCCCUCCUGUCAUUCAACACCACACCACCAUCAUCACCAGCAUCGCUCCCAUUCUCCAUUUCACCACCAUCACCAUCACGGUCUUCACAGUCCAUCUCAWCACCAUGGAGACCACCACAGCCCAAGCCAUCCCCAUCGUCAUGGAGAACAUCACAGCCCAACCCAUCACCAUGGAGACCACCACAGCCCAACUCAUCCCCAUCCCCAUGAAGACCCACCACAGCCCAACUCAUCCCCCAUUUCAUGGAGAACCACCACAGCCAAACCCAUCCCAUGA